GUCAAGGCACCGGGUGCGAAGGGGUCUCGCAGAGCGGCGUGUGCUACCAAGGAAGCCGGGUGCGCAGCGGCAGGAUGCGGGUGGCGAACGGGCUCUGGGCGGCGCUGGUCCUGAUUCUGCUCCCGGGCGGCAGCCGGGCCCUGCGGGAGGGGGAGUGCGAGGUGUGUGUUACAUUCCUGGGAAGGUUCUAUCAGAGUCUAAAGGACAAGGAUAUUGAGUUCACACCAGCUAGUGUUGAAAAAGAACUCUUGAAAUCCUGCAAAGAAGCAAAAGGCAAAGAGAACCGACUGUGCUAUUACAUUGGAGCCACCAGUGAUGCAGCCACUAAAAUGGUUAAUGAGGUAUCAAAACCUCUGAGUCACCACAUCCCUGUGGAAAAGGUCUGUGAGAAACUGAAGAAGAAAGACAGCCAGAUCUGUGAGCUAAAAUACGACAAGCAGAUUGACCUGAGUACUGUGGAUCUGAAGAAACUGAGAGUGAAAGAACUGAAGAAGAUCCUAGAUGACUGGGGUGAAACAUGCAAGGGCUGUGCAGAAAAAUCAGACUACAUUCGCAAAAUCAAUGAACUGAUGCCUAAAUAUGCACCAAAGGCAGCCAGUUCACGGACAGAUCUCUGACCAAUGUAGUGGCCUCUGUCAUACUAGUCCUCGUACGAACUACAUUAAUCUGUUUUGUUUCUUAUAAAGCUUUUUUUGUAACUUAUUUAACUGGGCUCCCAAGGCUGUCAGUUGGAGCUGGAGCAGUUGUGAAAUGCUCAUUCAACACCUCCGUUAUGUCAUGUCUCUAGUUUGUAUUUCUCUUGAUUCUGGUUUAGUUUAGAACAUCACACUCUGUAUGGAAUUUUUUUAUUAAAGUAAGAAGAAAUCUC